CCGUUCCACAGUACGGACUUCUCCAUAUAAUAUCGUUUCAAAAAAUUUAAUUUAAAUCAGUAACUUGAAACUAUUUCAAUUAGGAACUGUGACACGAUGUCGUCGAUUAGGUUGCCGUCGGUCAUAGUCAAAUGACAAUAACUAGAUUAAAGUGUCGGGAGCGCUCAUGAGACAGUCGUGUCAUCGUCUGCUUGAGCACCAACAAGCGGGAGGGGACGAACCUCCUCUGUACACACCCAUCGACCAAAUUUCAGUGGUACCAGACCAUGUGGCCCGGGAGGGCGGAGGCAAGCUGACACGAUAUGCGCCGACGGAAGAGGACGAAGCAACUCUCAGGGAACUUCUGCUUAGCCUUCAAAGACAGGUGAGCGUGAUGAGCAUGAAUCUCUCCGCGAAACUGGACGACCUGCAGAGGGGGGACAGGCAGCUGGAGACGACGGUGGCGCUUUGCGAGAUACGCACCCAGCUUCAAGAACUUACAAAGAGCGUCGAGUCAUGCCAGAGUGAGGUCUCCGAGGUGAAACGCGACAUGGUGGCCAUCAAGCAGGAGUUAGACACGGUGCAGCAGGUGAAGGAGGAGAUCGAGGAGCUGCGGGAGUACGUGGACAGGCUCGAGGAACACUCGCAGAGGCGGAAGCUCAGGCUACUUGAACAGGGCCUAACUUUCUUCUUAUCGUACGCUAUCUUGGCCGCGGUCCUCGGAAUGCUGCAAUUUGGUUACAACACGGGUGUCAUUAACGCUCCUGGCAAAAACAUCGCUAACUUCAUGAAGGACGUAUACAAAAACCGGUACGGCUUGGAUCUUCACGAUGACACUGUCAACCGACUUUAUUCCAUAGCUGUCAGUAUCUUCGCUAUUGGCGGUAUGCUGGGUGGAUUCUCUGGUGGAAUGAUUGCAAAUCGAUUUGGAAGAAAAGGUGGUUUAUUGCUCAAUAACAUCCUCGGGAUCAGUGGUGCGAGUCUCAUGGGCUUCACGAAGAUAUCACAUUGCUAUGAGCUGCUCAUCUUCGGGAGAUUCAUCAUUGGAGUCAACUGCGGACUGAAUACAUCAUUAGUGCCAAUGUACAUAUCUGAAAUAGCACCGUUGAAUCUUCGUGGCGGUUUGGGUACGGUCAACCAACUAGCAGUCACUGUAGGUCUACUACUAUCGCAGGUGCUUGGGAUCGAACAAAUAUUAGGCACAGAUGAUGGAUGGCCCAUCUUACUCGGGUUGGCUAUAUGUCCGGCGAUCCUGCAGCUUAUACUACUGCCAGCAUGCCCUGAAUCCCCUCGCUACCUGCUCAUCACUCGUCAAUGGGAAGAAGAGGCUCGCCGAGCAUUGCGCAGACUUAGAGCCAGCAAUCAGGUGGAGGAGGAUAUCGAAGAGAUGCGGGCAGAAGAACGGGCCCAACAAGCUGAAGCGUCUAUUUCUAUGCGGGAACUUCUUUGUUCGCCAACUCUGCGCGCACCUCUGCUUAUUGGCGUGGUGAUGCAAUUGUCUCAACAACUGAGUGGAAUUAAUGCUGUGUUCUACUACUCCACAUUCUUGUUCACAUCUUCGGGUCUGACGGACGAAUCUGCUAAGUUUGCAACUAUGGGUAUUGGCGCGAUUAUGGUGGGAAUGACUUUGGUCUCUUUACCGCUAAUGGAUCGCACUGGACGGCGCACUCUCCAUCUUUAUGGUCUGGGAGGAAUGUUCAUCUUCUCCAUAUUCAUCACGAUUUCAUUUCUGAUAAAGGAGUUCUUCGGGUAUGUGCAGGAAAUGAUAGACUGGAUGAGCUACUUGUCCGUGGUAUCGACGCUGAGUUUCGUGGUUUUCUUCGCUGUUGGCCCUGGGUCUAUACCCUGGUUGAUCACUGCCGAGCUGUUCUCACAGGGGCCCCGACCGAGCGCGAUGGCAAUUGCUGUGUUAGUUAAUUGGAUGGCCAAUUUCGUUGUUGGGAUCGGCUUUCCAACUAUGAAGGCACUACUGGAAAAUUAUACAUUCCUGCCUUUUAGUGUAUUCCUUGCGAUUUUUUGGAUAUUUACUUAUAAAAAAGUUCCUGAAACAAAAAAUAAGACCUUCGAAGAGAUCUUGGCAUUAUUCCGGAAUUCAAACGGAAGGGACAGUUUUCGUGACAGCCGCCUGUAUGGGAGUAUGAUGAACUGCGUGAACGCACUAGAGCAACAGCUUCCGCCGCCCCCGCCGCCUGCUCCAGUCGAUGAAAAACACGACUCAUUGUCGGAGCAGUCGUCGGGUGCAGGCGAAGCGGGACGACCACCACCUCCAUUGCCACCCCCGCGGUUUCCGGCUACAGGCAACGUUUGACAAUGGGAGACCGCUGCGCGUGCACCUCUGGUCGCACCCAUCAAAGCGGCCGCCAACUUCUUGUUUCAUGGACUGA